GAGCGCAAGCACCCGGGCUGGUCCGACCACAUCUUGGCCGAUGUGACGGCGGCUGCGACUCAACAGCCCGCCGUGAACUUUUUCUUUCGACUCGAGUUUCAGGAUGGACAGAGAAAGCUACCGACCCAGCGGUACCACGGCAGCGGGCGCGUUCAUUGUCACAGCCUCAACUUCGGAGGUCAUUUCGGCCGCGCCAGGCUAGCCGAGCAGAUGAUGGCCACCGUUCCGGCAGACGACCAGCCGACCCUGAAGGGUUACAUGCUGGGUCGCCCGCAUGGGCGCGACGACAGUGGCUGGCCCGUGGAACUCGAAGAAAGCCGCUGGGACGACGUGCUGGGGCGCGUGCGACUCCAUCACACCGCGGCGGACAAGGCUGCCGGCCAUCGCGCUUUCUUCAAGGAGACCCUGGAGAUUACAAAGUGUCACCAGGACGUCCUGCACUGUGACCGCCGGGCCAACAGCAUGAAGUACUGCGCCACCUACAACGCCAAGUUCAGCGACUCUUUCGCGCAGGACUGGCUCUGCGACGACAUCUCUGGCAACGCCGUCGCUCGCAAGGUCCUGUUCGAGUAUCAUCCCUGCGAGCCAGAGAUGUGGCUCUACAUCGCAGGUCGCUUGGCCCCGCCGUGUCAGUACAGCGGCACCAUGGUGCCUCUGCGCGUCCCGCUACCGAUCCCAGGCACGGAGAAGAACAAGCUCGUUGAGCUCUACGAAAAGUCACAGUGGCGUGGUGACGACAUGACCUUUCUCGAGUGGCUGCGCAAGUCCGGCGCCGACGGCAAGAUUGCCCGCUGGCAAACGACGCAAACGCUGACCGACUUCGCGCGAACUUGCGGCAUGAACGGCGAGAAGCUCAUCGCCGCCGAUCUGCUGGCCAUGUCCAACGACAAGUUCUUUGGGCAAUGGAUGACUCUACAUGUCCCUUUCCGACGUCAUGAGGAUCUGCUCGACCCCACGCUGGCAGAGGCGGUUCCCGCCUCCUACCUCUUCCUGGCGAACGCCUGGCGGCGUCGUCCCGCAUACUGGACGGACCAAGACGCUGUGCGGCGGGACCUAGAGUUGCAGUCCUUCAGUGACGCGAAGAUCCAGACCUUGUUGGCCAUGCUGCGGGCAAACCUCUACCUGGUCGAGCAGUGCGUCGACGGAGGCCUGCGGCUUCCGACUGUGGCUGAGGAGCGGGCCGCGCUCCGCAGGGGUGGCCUCCUAGACGACGAGGACGCCGGCGAGGAAGAUGCCGAGGCGAAGCUGCAAUGGAAUUCAGCGCAGAGGCACCUUCAGCGCAAAGUCGACGAGGCCGUGGACCGCUCGCUUGCCCACCGAGGCGAGGACGACGACGAGCGAGCCGAGGACAAGCGGUUGGAGGCCUGGACCCACGGUUCUGUGAUUGCGGGCCUCGGCCCGCCCGGCACCGGGAAGACAACCGCGGUGGAUGCGUGCGUGCGGCGGACGCUGCGGUGCGGCGGCCGCGUCCUCUAUGCCCUGCCCACCGGCCAGCAGGCCGCACGGGUCCGUGGCCGCUUCCCGGACUGCGACGUCGACACCUGCUCCGGUGCCUUCGGUCUGUGGCAGUCCUCUCAGGACGCCCUGCACCUCCUGGACUUGCUCGCCACCUACGACUUGGUGGUCGUCGACGAAGUCUCGCAGCUGUCCAAGCACGACUUCAACCGCAUUCUGAAGCUCUGGGACGCGGCUAGUCGGAUGCCUGCCUUGGUCUUUAUCGGAGACUUUCAUCAGCUCCCCGGUGUGGAGCCCACCAAUGCCAAAGACAGCGCCAGGUGGCGGCACGUCUACAAGGUCGGGCUUUGGCAAAUGUGGCGCUGCCAGGACGCCGCCUUGAAUGCAAAGCUCCGGCUGCUGCGUCUGAAUCAACCCACGGAACAGCAGCUGCGUGACAUCUGCCGCGGGCACAAGGCGUGGAGCCAGAAGAACGAGCCCGAAGCCUACGACAUGCUCCGUCUUCACCGCGAGCACCCAGACACCGUGGUGGCCACUUGCACUCGUCGAGCUGCAGCGCUUGUCAAUCGGCUCAGCACGCAAGUCCUCUUCUCCGACCGCGGCAAGAAAUCUCUGGGGACCGUGGAGGCAGAUUGGGAAGCCAACAUCGCAAACUACUUGCUCGACGGUAAGCUCAGAUCUGAUCGUCCGCCGCUGCCGCAGCCUCUCGCGUUGUUUGCAGGCCUCAAGGUGCACUUGACCAGGAACCUGGACAAGCCCGGCGACUUCGUCAACGGCAUGGCCGCGGUCGUGCAAUCCUUCCAUCAGCCCUCCGGUUGCCUCCGCGUGCUCACGGAAACUGGAAGGCACUUGGCUGUUUAUCCCAUCACGGAGUAUGUCGAGGAGUGUGGGACGGUUACGGCCUACCCGAUCCGGGCCGGGUACGCGUGCACGAUCCACAAGCUUCAAGGCGCGGAGCUGCCCCACGUGACAGUCUGGCUCGAUGUCAAGCAUAUGCGGGCCGCUGGCUACGUCGCUAUCAGCAGAGUCCGCACCGACGACGCCUACCUCCUUGGCGGCUUGUUGACCCCCGAGCACUUCACGCCAGCGAUCUGA